CAGAGCGCUCACGGCGUGCGCAGAGUGAGAGCUGAGGGAGCCGCGGGACUCUGCGUGCGGACUAACUGCUAUGACUCUGGAGGAGAUCCACGGACAGCAGCCCAUGCCUGCGGGCCACGACUGGAUGCAGGGCGCCGGCACGGCCCUCCACGAGCUGCUGGUGUCAGCGCAGCGCCGAGGCUGCCUCACCGCCGGCGUCUACGAGUCGGCCAAGCUGAUGAAUGUCGACCCCGACAACGUCGCGUUCUGUGUGCUGGCCGCGGAUCAGGAGGACGAGGGGGACAUCGCCUUGCAGAUCCACUUCACUCUGAUCCAAGCUUUUUGCUGCGAGAACGACAUCGACAUCGUGCGGGUGAACGACGUGGCCAAGCUGGCGGCCAUCGUGGGGCCCAGCGAGGACUCGGGGGAGCCGCGCGAUCUGCACUGCAUCCUCAUCACGAACCCGAAUGAAGAAGGCUGGAAGGACCCAGCUCUGGAGAAGCUGAACUCGUUUUGCGAAGAGAGCAGGAAUGUCAAUGACUGGGUGCCAACUAUCACCCUACCUGAGUGACGGUCGCCUGGUGCACUGGGGAGGCUGAAACCUUUGUUGCAUUCUCAACGUGCUGUGCGUUCACCAAAAUGUGCAACAAGCUGCUGAUUCCAUGGAUUAGCCUGGUCAAGAGACUGGAUUAAAGUCCCUCAGACUGGCAUGCAGUGGGCUCUUACAGAGGAGAAAGAGGAAAACAGCUCACCUCACCAGUGAGCCUCAGCAAGCUGCAACUGUGGAGAUGCUGACAUACCAUGGAACUGAAAGAAGUAUUGCAAGUUUGGCUGUGUGCAGCUGUUUCAGAAGGGAGAGGGAAAGUUGAGGGAAGUGGGCCAAAACUUUUCCAGAAGGACUGAUUAGAGUACUGUAACUAGGAACUGUUGGUGCUGUCUGCGAAACACAGAAGAAAGUAUCAAUAUUUAUGGAGUAUUGGGGAUUGGUUAUUAAAACAAAUGCAGAUAUUCCAAAGCAGACAGACUUCAACAGGCCUCUUGGGUCACUCUGCAGAUCUGUUUUAAUACUGCAAUAACUUUUAUUGAAAUAUUUGCUGCUAUUGAAGCUUUCAUAAUAAAUUUUUGACAAUUAA